AUGACCGACUACGUCAAGAAGAAGAACGACGACCUCAGCGCCCUCUGCAAAGACCGCGGCCUCCCCCACGGCGGCAAGAAAGCCGACCUGGUCAAGCGCCUUGAAGACUACGACGCGACACAUAGUACCUCAGCACCUGCCGCGACAACAACAACAACAACAACGACCUCUGCCGAAGACGAAGAAAUCGACUGGGAUGAGGAGCCUGCGGCAGCCACGACAGCCCCAGCCGCCGACGCGAUAGCAGCGGGAGGGAUAGGCGAAGUGAAGAACCCGGCUGCUGUACCUAAUCAAUCUAUUGUGGAAGAUCCCGCGACGACGAACGAUCUCUCGGUCACGAAUCCCGACGCAGCAGCUACCGCACCUGCAAAAGAAGGAGAAGAAGAAGAGGCGGAGAAAGUGCCAGGAAAGGACUUCACCUCCGGCCUUGCAGACCGCACAAUAGACGAGGAGAUAGAGAAGCGGAAAGCGCGCGCGCGUAAGUUUGGUUUGGCCGAGGAUAGCGAUGAGAUUCGUUUGCUGGAGCGGGCGAAGAAGUUUGGGGUCCAGGAUGCUAGUUUGGUGCCGGGGAUGCUGAAUCAGGCCCUCUCUACUCAACGGGAGAGGGGGGAGAGGAAGAGGGGGACGGGUGCGGGGGGUUUGGAUGUUCCUUUGAGUGAGGAGAGUGGGGUUAGGAAACGUGGCGGGGGUGCAGGGAGGGGUGGGAGGGGUGGAACGGGUGGGAGGAGAGAUGGUGGUGCUAAUGGUGGUGCGGGGAGGGAGAGGAGUCGGACGCCUUUGGAGGGGAGGGGGAAGAGUGGUGGUGGUGGUGGGGGUGCGAAGGCGAGUGGGAAUGGGAGCUGGAUGACUGAGGCUGACAAGGCGAAAGCUGAGGCGAGGAAGGCGCGGUUCGCGGGGACUGGGUGA